GUUGAAACUUGACGCCAUCUUUGCCUCCUCCCUUUCUCUCACAUCCUGUGUCCAUCAGUGACUCCCAUGGACUCAACCUCCCCACCUUGGUUCCCCCUUCUGGGAAGAUGAAUGCAGGAGUGAGUCAAAUUCCUAGAGACAGGAAGUAGAAUGGUGGGUGCCAGGCUCUGGGGGAGGGGAUGGGGAGUCAAUUUGCUGAGGACACAGAUUCUCUGGGGAAAUGAAAAAUUGUGGAGAUGGGUGGUGGUGAUGCUGCACAACCAUGUGAAUAUCCCUAAUGCCACUGAAUUGCACUAAAAGUGGUUAAAAUGGUAUAUUUUAUGUCAUGUUUAUUUUACCACAAUAAAAAGAAGUUAUAAGGAAAGGUCCUUCUGGUUGUCUUAUGGAGACUGGACCACAAGGGGGCGGACAACAGGGAGACAGCCAUGUGACUCAAGAGUCCAGGUGAGGGGCAGUGUGGACCAGGGUUAGCAGGGCACGGGGAGGAGAGACGGAGUCUGGUGGCUCUGAGCGUGGGCAGGACAGCAUUUCUAGAAGGACUGUAGUAGGUUUGGUCUAAGAUGCAAGGAUGCACUGCCCUCACCUGGGAUGGGGAAGGCUGUGGAGAGAGCUGGUGAGCAGAAGGAGGGUGAAAGCAGAUGGGUUUCCGGCCAGCUCACGUUGAGAAGUCUCUUCUCCAGGUGGAGACGUCCAGGGGGCAGCUGGACGUGGGAACCACAUGGCUGGUUUUGCAGCCACGACUGGAUUCAGUCACAAAGGACAGGGUGUAGGUGAAGAAAAGGCCCAAGGACACGGCCUUGGGGUGAGGAUAUGAAGAGAUGGGGGGCAAAGGACUGCCCAGCAGCCCCCGGAGGAGGGAGGCAAAGAUGGAGCGCAGAGGGGAGGGGACCACGGGCCGCUGAUGGCCACCUGAAGAAAUCACAGGAAGGGAAAGGCCCAGUGGAGGAGAUUCCGGUGCCCUUGGAGAGGCGAAGGAGGAGGCCGGCUGGGGCGACGGGACACCAGCGCUGGGGCGCCGGCGGUGGAGCAGGAGCACGUGCCACCCCCGCACUCAGGACCCCGCAGCCCCGAGGGCCGCUCGAGGCUCCGCCCCCGACAUCCUGCGGCCCCUUAGGGGCCGCGCGGUCCCCUGGGUAGGGGCGCACGGUCACGGUGAGGAUGCGGCCAGGGUGUCGACGUGUGUGCCCGGCACGGAUAGUUAGGCUGGACCAUGGGGUGAAAUGAGCCUGAAGGAGAGGAUCCCAGGGUGCGGGGAGAGCUGGAGAAGGUGCGCGAGGACGGACCCAGGGUGCCGAAAGGGCGCGAGCCAGGUGCUACGCGGACACUGGGGCCGCAGCGGACCAGCGACCCCUCCCUGUUAAACAGGACGCGCUUGACGAGUCUGCCGCGGUGCCAGGAAAAGCGCGGUUCCGCAGCACCGCCGCCCGAGGUCUAGCCCGAGCCUUGCUUCUGGGGUAGGCUAGCUCCCUAGAGGAAAACCUGUGCCGAAUGGCGUCCUCGAGGAGCGCGUCCCACCCGGUGGCGAUGACCGCGAGACCCGGGAGAGGGACUCCGGAUGGAGGAGGAAGGCUGCCCGCAGUCUCCAGCCCCGGGGCUGCAGCGCGACCCUGUCCGGGAGAGCCCGAGCCUGGGCGCUCGGCCCGGGGAGGGGGAGGCAACGGCGGCCACGAGCACUGCCCUUCCCCUGGGUCAGGAAGCCCGCGUCCGGCCAGGGCCGCCGACGUCCCCAUCGCGUGCCAGGACGACAACUGACCCAAGGCCCGGGGGUGGGGGCAGAGGACCUCUAGGCUCGGCGCCGCCUACCAGGAAAGGGGCCGGCGCUGCUGCCGGGGCUGCUGGGGGGCUCCGGCGCUCACGCGGCCGGACGCGGGCCGCGCCUGUGGACGCCAUCCCACCCAGAGGGCUCGACGGGGACCCGAAAACGCGCGCGUCGGGCGCCACACGAGGCUCCUUACUUCCCACCCCCCUGUGCAUUCACGGGGGAGGAGAAGGGCACAGAGAGGCACGCGACCCCUCUGAGAUUACCCGGGGGGGGGGGCGGGGACCGGGAAGGUCGGCAGGCUUCCCCCUGGCCCUCUCGUCCGAGGCUCCGGGGCGAGGCCGGGCCGCAGUGAGGACCGGAGAGGGUGGAUGUCCCACCGGCCUACGGGCCUGGGUCACUCCUGGCCCGAAUCUCUCCGGGGACAUCAGACGCGAGUGGACCUCACCGGCCCGGGGGAAGCAGAGGCCGAGCAUUUGCCUUCACUGUCCGCCCCCCCAGCCCCUCGCGUGCGUCGAGCCCCUCCCUCAGGAUUGGCCCCAGGGACGCCCCAGUCCGCGGACAGCCAAGCUCCAGCAGCAGAUUUCCCGCUUCCUCAGCUCUGCCCCCGCCGACGGUGGCUUUGGAGGUUCCUCCCAGACACCGCUUCCUCCAGGCAGCCCUCUUGACUCCAUCACCUGUGGACGCCUCCAUCCCCGGAGGCCGCCAGGGCUGGGCACGCGGAAUCCUGGAGCCACCUUGGUCCCUUUAAACUAGCGGCUCGCGCAGUCUCGGAGUUUC